AUGUGGAUUUUCCCCAAUCCCUGCAGGUUUGAGCCGAUCAGUGAGCAGCUGGAGCAGCUGGAGCGCAUGGCCGAGGAGUCGCUGACCUUCCUGUAUGGCCCCACAGCCUCAGCCAGGCUGUCCCACCGGAGGGACAGGGACAGGGAUAGGGACAGGGACAAGGACAAGGACAGAGACAAGGAGAAGGACAAGGACAGGGACAAGGACAGGGACAGGGACAAAGGCAGGGACAGGGACAAGGCCAUCCCUGUUCAGCCCCGGGCCAACCUCAGCACCAACUUCAGGCUCAGCCAGAACUUCUCCCUGGUGCGGAUGUGGGAGCCCGGGGAAGGCAGGAAACAUUCCAGAGUGGGAUUCCAGCUGUGCAACUCCACGGGUGGGGAUUGCUUCUACAGCUCGCACGUGUCGGGCACGGCCGCGCUGCAGGAGUGGUUCCGCUUCCACUUCAUCAACCUGCUGGCCCAGCUGCCCCCGGCGCUGGCCCGGCACCCGCAGCGCUUCCAGGACCUGGUCUACUCCUGCCAGUACGACGGCGAGCCCUGCCGGCCCAGUGAUUACAUUCCCUUCCACCACCCAGUUUUUGGGAGCUGCUACACUUUCAACAGCAAGGGGACAGAUCCCUUCUGGAGAGCCACAAAGCCAGGAAUUCCUUAUGGGCUGUCCCUGAUCCUGCGGGCCGAGCAGCAGGAGCACAUCCCGCUGCUCUCCACCGUGGCUGGGGUGAAGGUGAUGAUCCACAGCCACAACCAGACCCCGUUCCUGGAGCACGAGGGCUUCCAUAUCCGCCCGGGCAUCGCCACCACAAUCGGCAUCCGCCAGGACCAGGUCAAUCGCCUGGGUGGCAACUAUGGCAAGUGCACCACAGAUGGGGCCGACGUGGCUGUGGAGCUGCUCUACAACAGCUCCUACACCCUGCAGGCCUGCCUGCACUCGUGCUUCCAGCGGGCCAUGCUGCGCCACUGCGGCUGCGGCCACAUCUACUACCCGCUGCCCGCCGGCGCGCGCUACUGCGACUACCGCCGCCAGCCCGCCUGGGGGCACUGCUUUUACCAGCUGCACUGGCGGCUCCGGAGUCACCGCUUGGAUUGCUUCCAGCACUGCCCCAAGCCCUGCAGGGAAUCCCUGUACAAGGUCUCAGCUGGCACAGCCAAGUGGCCGUCGGUGAAAUCCCAGGACUGGGUGCGCCAGGCUCUGCGGCACCAGAACGGCUACAGCUCCAGCAGCAGCAGGAGAACCUGCUGCUGUCCAGCAUGGGCAGCCAGUGGAGCCUCUGGUUUGGCUCCUCGGUGCUCUCGGUGGUGGAGAUGCUGGAGCUGCUCCUGGACACCCUGGUCCUGUCACUGCUCUUCUGCUUCCAGAGGUUCCAUGCUGGCAGGAGCCCCAGGCCCAUCCCAAAUUCCCGGGAGAAUUCCCGGGAAUCACGGGAGGAGCCCGGGAAGGGGCAGGAGUGGGAUUUGGGACAGCCCUGAGGGUGAGAGGGGUGGAAUUCCCAAAUUCUGGGGGAAAAGUCACAGGGAUGUCUUGGAACCACAUCUGAACAUGGCAAUGCUUGGAAUUCCCAAAUUCUGGGGGAAAAGUCACAGGGAUCCACAGCUGAGGGGGCUGGAAUUCCCAAAUCUUGGGGGAAAGUCACAGGGAUCCACAGCUGAGAGGGCUGGAAUUCCCAAAUCCUGGGGAACAGUUACAGGGAUGUCCUGGAUCCACAGCUGAGCAUGGAAAUGGUUGGAAUUCUCCUGAAUUCCCAAACCCCUUCUGAAUUCCCAAACCCCUGAUUCCCUCCUGAAAUUCCCAAACACCUCCUGGAAUUCCCAAACACUUCUUGGGUCUGAUCCCUCCUGGAAUUCCCAAAAACCUCCUUCCCUCUGGAAUUCCCAGAAACAUCCUGGAAUUCCUGCUGCUCUGGGGCCAGGCUCAGCAUUUCUGCUGCUUUUGGAUUUUGCCAGGAAAUUCCCAGACUCUUCCAGAGGGCAUAAAGAAGAAAAAAAAUGGGACUGGGAAUUCUUUAGGUCCCAGAAAGCCUCUGGUGAUUCCUGUGGAAUGCUGCAAUUUUAUUGCAGAGAUAAUGCUAAUUUCUGUUAAUUUUUGUUAAUUUCUGCUAAUUUCUGUUAAUAC